GUCUCAGAAAGGAACCGAAGGGAUGGAAGGGGGUCCCGGGUAGCGUCCUGCCGGUGCUCAGCUAAAAGGAACCGCCUCCGCGGUAGGAGAGAAACUGGGAGGAGUUCAGGAGGCCAUGGGCUAGAGGAAUCAAAGUCUUCUCAAUGGCCGCCAAGGGAUUCACGCUGUCUCUGUGGCUGUGGCUGUCCCUGCUGCUGUCGCUGCUACAGGGGACGAGAGCUGCGGGAGCGCGGUGGAGGGGGGCGGGUACCACGCCGCAUCUACAGAGCAUCUUCCUGGGCCGCUGCGCGGAGUACACCACACUGCUGAACCUUCAGCCCGGGGACAAAAACUGCACAGCCAUCUGGGAGGCGUUCGAGGUGGUGCUAGACAAAGACCCCUGCUCUGUGCUUCCCUCAGACUAUGACCUGUUCAUCAACCUCUCCAGGCACUCCAUUCCUAGAGACAAGUCACUGUUCUGGGAAAAUAACCACCUGCUCGUUAUGAGCUAUGGAGAGAACACCCGUCGCCUUGUGCCCCUGUGUGACGUUCUGUACGGCAAGGUUGGAGAUUUCUUGAGCUGGUGUCGACAGGAAAAUGCCUCUGGUCUUGAUUACCAGUCCUGCCCCACAUCAGAAGACUGUGAAAACAAUGCUGUGGACUCCUAUUGGAAAAGUGCAUCCAUGCAGUAUUCAAGAGACAGUUCUGGGGUGAUCAGUGUCAUGCUAAAUGGCUCAGAGCCAAAAGGAGCCUAUCCCGUGAAAGGGUUUUUUGCAGAUUUUGAAAUCCCAUACUUACAGAAGGAUAAAGUCACAAGGAUUGAGAUCUGGGUCAUGCAUGAAGUUGGGGGACCCAGUGUGGAAUCCUGUGGCGAAGGCAGUGUAAAAGUCCUAGAAGACAGGUUGGACGCCCUGGGGUUCCAGCACAGCUGUAUCGAUGACUACCGACCAGUGAAGUUCUUAAUGUGUGUGGACCAUAGCACUCACCCCGACUGCGUGAUGAACUCAGCCUCGGCAUCCAUGCAGAGGGAGAGCCCAUCUCUUCGUGCGUCAAGAGAUGCCAGCCUUAUCAUUUCUCUUUUAGUGGCUUUGGCUUCAAGUUCCCAAGUGUGACUAGGAAAAUCAGCACGCUGUCCUAAGAGAACUCAGCUUUGCAUCUACCCUGGAAGAGUCCACCUGCUCUGUGUACACUAAGGGAGCCCACUGCUUAAAGGAAAACCGUGUAACCGGACAGUGAUCCAACUAUACUCAUGUUCAUGGUUCAAGAAACAAGGCAUUUAGUUAGUCCUGAUUACCAGAUGGAAUUUGCUACCACAGAGUUAAAGUUUCUACUUCUUAUUUUGAUCAUAAUACAAAGCACUGAGACCUGGAGUGUAGUACAAUCAUAUAAUUAAAUAUAUUUUUGGAA